CAACUUGGAUAAUAGUGAUCGCAUACUAGAAGACUGGGUAAAAAAACAUGGAGAUGAGUAUGGUGCUGUUUAUGUUACUAUGGACUCCAAUCGUACUGGAUAUGAGUAUCCAGAUGAGACAGAAAUUGGACAGUGGACUGAAAAUCAUAUGGAACAUGUUAUAGAACUCAGAGAGAAAGCUCUUGUCUUUGCCAGGGAAUCAGGGGCAGAUUAUUUACUUAUGAUAGAUUCCGACGUCUACCUAACGAAUCCGGAGUCAUUGACAACGCUUGUAGCAAAGAAUUUGGAAAUCUGUGCGCCUAUGCUCCAAACAGAUGGCUAUUAUUCCAAUUUCUGGUGUGGGAUGACAGAAGAUUACUAUUACAAACGAACGGAAGAUUACUCACAAAUAUUAUUUAGGGAAAUCACUGGUUGUUUCUCUGUGCCUAUGAUACAUACUUGUGUGCUCAUAAACUUAACUUUAAAAACAUCUGAUUUGCUUACUUAUGAUCCUAAGAAAGCUGAAAGCUAUGAUGGUCCCACAGAUGAUAUAAUUACAUUUGCUGUAAAUGCACAAAAUAUUGGUAUGAAGCGCUAUAUAUGCAAUGAUAUUCAAUAUGGAUUUACACAAACGCCUCCCACCAAACAUGACAAAGAAGUCAAUUUUAUAGAAGUCGAAAAAAAAAAUUUAUUAAACCUGAAGAUGGAAUUGGUAACUAGCGGCACCCCAUUACCAUUAGAUGACGAUUUGGAGAUAUAUGUCCAAUACCCGUCGCCUGGCAGCUAUAGACUUGAUGAAACUUAUGUUUUGAAUUUGGAAAGAAGACCAGAGAGACGAAGACUGAUGGAAUUGAGCUUAAAGGAAUUAGGGUUGAAGUAUAAGAUGUUUAAGGCCAUCGAUUACAAGGAAUUGACCCCACAAAUUAUACACGAUUUACACAUCCAUGUAAUGCCUAAGUAUGAAGAUCCCUACCACAAAAGACCGAUGAAACUUGGCGAGAUUGGAUGUUUCCUGAGUCACUACUACAUAUGGAGAAGAGUGGUGCUAAACGGAUACCGUAGAGUUUUGGUUCUUGAAGACGACAUCAACUUUGUGCCCAAUUUUAAAGAGGAAUUUUCUGAAUUCAUGGAUAAUCUCGAACGUAUUUUUGCCUGGGACUUUGUAUAUAUCGGGCGGAAGGUUCUCUAUGACGAAGAACUGUCUGAGAGUAGAAAUAUUGUGCGGCCUCGCUAUUCAUACUGGACUUUGGGCUAUAUCAUAAGUUCACUCGGAGCUCAAAAGUUGAUCAACGCACAGCCACUGAAGAAAUUGCUUCCUGUUGAUGAAUUUAUUCCCAUUAUGUUUGAUGAACACCCAAACGCAACGUGGAAGUCGCAUUUUAAGUAUCGCAACCUCAUAGCUUAUUCGGCGUCGCCGCUACUCGUUUACCCGACUCACUUCACUGGCCAGGAUGGAUAUAUUAGCGACACCGAGGGAUCCAUUAUACACGACGUCCACACGGAGGACUCUGACAACGAUGAGGACGAAAUGUCAAAAUUAGCUUUUCAAGCCAGUUCGAUUACAACAUACGGAGAUGCAGAUCCUCUUAAUAUAAACGAUCGUUUCUAUGAACCCAAGACUACCAACGAGAGUUAUAUGUCCUGGAACCACAACUUGUAUAAGACUGAGCUUUAAAGAAUUUUCACUGUGGUUCUUCUGUUCAAUUCGAAUCGCGUCUUUUUUAUUUUUGUUAUCUGUAAGUGUGGAAGGUUUAUAUCUAGCCUUCGGUAUGUCUCAUUGUAGUCGUCACUAAAUAAGAGGCCAAAUUUGACAGCUAAAGAAGGCGAGAGUACGUAACUUUGAAUG